UUAUCGUUUUUUUACGUUGGCAAAAGAGUUGUUCGGGGGGCAAAUAAAGAAGUAAAAGAUUUUUAAUAUGAUGUUUAUGAAAAAUCUAAUUUAGUCAUCAGCGCACUAGCAUUUUGUAAAGAUAUAUUUCUUUCUUUGAGCAUCAAACAAAAAUUCUCUCUUUUCCAUCCUCACCAAAUUCAUUGUUACAUAUUCCCCCACACUUUUUUCAACUUUAUUAUUGUCCCUUUGAAAAAAAUACAACAAUGUACAAUGCACUAAUUGUUGAUGAGGAUAAACAAGAGCCUCUUUUGUACAGAAAACAUGCAAAAUAUUUUCUACAAUUCUUAAAUUUGCUGCCAGCACGUUUGGCCUCGCAUGAUUCAACAAGAGGAUCAAUUGCGUUCUUCGCAGUAUGUGGCCUUGAUAUAUUAAACUCCUUGGAUAUGCUUAAAGAUCAUACAAGAGAUGGCAUCAUAGACUGGAUUUAUGGUGGCCAAGUAAUUCCCGAUAAAAACGGUCUACAAUGUGGCGGAUUUCAAGGCUCAAGGGCAUUGAAAAUCCUAUCGGACGAUGAAGUCUUGCAAGCUAACGCUAAAUGCUAUCAAUGGGGACAUCUUGCAAUGACCUACACUGGAAUAGCAACUCUUGCCACACUUGGCGAUGAUUUAAGUCGCAUUGAUCGAAAAGCUAUUGUUGAUGGAGUUGCUGCUGUUCAACGACCUGAUGGAAGCUUUAGCGCCUCAGUUGAGGGUAACGAACAUGAUAUGAGAUUUGUAUAUUGCGCUGCUGCGAUAUGUGCGAUGCUUGAUUACUGGGGAGAUGUUGAUAAAGAGAAAAUGGCCGAUUAUAUCAUUAAAAGUAUCCGCUACGAUUACGGUGUGAGCCAACACUUUGAAGCUGAAUCUCAUGGAGGAACUACAUUUUGCGCAAUUGCAGCAUUGAAUUUAAGUGGUCAAUUAGAUAAGCUAAGUGAAAGCACAAUUGAAGGAAUCAAACGUUGGCUUAUCUUUCGUCAGAUUGAUGGAUUCCAAGGAAGACCCAACAAACCUGUUGACACAUGUUAUUCGUUUUGGAUUGGUGCAUCAUUACAAAUCCUGAAUGGAUUCCAUUUAACAGAUUUUGAUGCAAAUCGGAAGUUCAUUAUGUCUACACAAGAUUCAAUAGUUGGUGGCUUUGCCAAAUGGCCAAGCUCAUGCACAGAUCCGUUCCACACAUAUUUUGGCCUCUGUGGUCUAUCCUUUAUCGACGAACCUGGUCUAUCCGAAGUUAUGCCCAGUCUCAAUAUCUCAGUCCGAGUCUACAAGCGCCUGAAAGAAAUUCACGAGAAAUGGCGAACAGAAAAUGUCGAUAGCCUAACAACUACCUCACACUGAAACGCUCCCCCACACUUGACCGCCAGCUCGUCGCACACAUCAAGUUUCAAGUGAGAGGAGCAACCACCAGAUAGAAGAUACACGCAAAAAGAAAAGUGAUUAUUUUUGUAUUAACUAAAGAAACUUUGCAAGUACUUGAUUUUUUUUUCUUUUUUAUUAUAUAUAAAUAUGCCAUACACAUAAGAUAAAAAUAAAUAAAAUAUAUAAGAAAACGAAAGUAGAUAAGGUACACAAUAUAUUGUGUAUACAACGAA